AUGGCCAAUGGCAUUGAAGAUCUUAUUGGGAUCCCAUUCCCAAACCACAGCAGUGAAGUCCUUUGCGGUUUAAAUGAACAGCGGCAUGAUGGUCUACUCUGCGAUGUCAUCCUCAUUGUCCAGGACCAGGAGUACAGGACCCACAGGUCUGUUCUUGCAGCCUGCAGCAAGUACUUUAAAAAACUCUUCACUACUGGCACUUUAACAGACCAGCCCUAUGUUUACGAGAUUGACUUUGUCAAGCCUGAAGCACUUUCUGCUAUCCUAGAAUUUGCCUAUACUUCAACCCUCACCAUCACCACCUCAAACGUCAAGCACAUCCUCAACGCAGCCAAGAUGCUGGAGAUCCAGUGCAUUAUCAAUGUAUGCCUUGAAAUCAUGGAGCCUGACCGAGAAGCUGAAGAGGAAGAUGAUAAAGAGGAUGAAGAUGACGAUGAUGACGAAGAAGAUGAUGAUGAUGAAGAGGAGGAGGAGGAGGAAGAAGUGGAAGAUUUUGUGAAUCAGGAGAACCUCGCGGAUGUCCAAGAAGUAAGCUGUCACCAAAGCCCUUCAAAGUCUGACCUUACCGAAGAAACGUAUACAGAAGCACCUAGAGACUUCCCACAUCAUUACCCAGCCCAUAGCUCUGCUGGCCACUUGGGCAUGAUACGAGACUUUUCCAUCGAGUCAUUACUAAGGGAAAAUUUGUACCCUAAAACGAACAUUCCAGAAAGGAGGCCAGCCCUAUCUCCCUUCACACCAGACUUCUUUCCCCACCUGUGGCAUGGAAAUUUCAGUUCCUUUUCCCAGCUAGAAGAGCAGCAAGUGGACAAUGGCCCUUUGGACCUGGUGAUCAAAAAGAGGAAGAUUAAGGAGGAGGAGAAGGAGGAGCUCCCUCCGGCUCCUUUCCCUAAUGACUUCUUCAAGGACAUGUUUGCCGGCAAUCCAGGAGGUCACUUAGGGCACAUUAAGGCAGAGAACGACUAUAGCGCUUAUCUCAACUUUCUAAGUGCCACCCACCUGGGAGGAGUGUUUCCUCCAUGGCCCCUGGAGGAAGAAAGGAAGAUAAAGCCCAAGGCAUCUCAGCAGUGUCCGAUCUGUAACAAAGUCAUCAUGGGGGCAGGGAAGCUGCCACGGCACAUGAGAACCCACACAGGAGAAAAGCCAUACAUGUGCACUAUCUGUGAAGUUCGCUUUACCAGGCAGGACAAGCUAAAAAUCCACAUGCGGAAACACACAGGAGAAAGGCCAUACCUCUGCAUACACUGCAAUGCCAAAUUCGUGCACAACUACGACCUAAAGAACCACAUGCGCAUUCACACGGGUGUCCGGCCUUACCAGUGUGAAUUCUGCUACAAGAGCUUCACUCGCUCCGACCACCUCCACCGCCAUAUCAAGCGGCAGAGCUGUCGAAUAUCGAGGCCCAGGAGGGGGCGCAAGCCCGCAGCCUGGAGGGCGGCCAGCUUGCUGUUUGCACAGAAUGGCCAGCCAGAUGAAAAAGGCUUCAUGAUGCCUCCAACUCUGGAGGAGAUGAGCAGCCAUCUUGGCACCACGGCCAUGUGCCUUCCAGGCCCCAGCCACAAGCACUUCAUGAGUGGGGCCAAGAAUGCUCUAAACCUGCAAGAUCUAGAGAGCCAGUUCGAAGAAACCCAAAUGAAGCUGUUUGGGAGGACGCAUCUGGACAUGGAAAGGAAUGGGGGCAUCUUUGCCUUUGCCCUGGGCCAUAACGAGAACAUCUCGGCACGGCCAUACUUCCCUCUCCCUGACCCUUGGAGCACAGGAUUCAAUGGACUGCCUGGACUAAACCAUGUGGCCCCAAUUUCUGAGGCUAGCAACUAA